AUGGUGGUGGUGGUGAUGAUGCGUUCGCUGCCCCUCCAGAUUUCGGACAUCCAGGUGAACGGCCAGUCGGACGACAUGACGGCCAAAGAGAAGCUGCUGCUGUGGGCCCAGCGGAUGGUGGAGGGAUACCAGGGCCUGCGCUGCGACAACUUCACCACCAGCUGGAGGGACGGCCGGCUGUUCAGCGCCAUCAUACACAAGCACAGAGUCCAGGCUAAGGAUCCUGCCCCUCUCCUGGGAGGAAAUGUGCUGAGGAGCCUCCCAGUAAGGCAGCUGGAGGCCGGCUGGAGCUCUGGGCGGCGCCGAUCCGAGCUGGGCCGGGCCAGGCUGGGCUGGCACCGCUCUGCCUUCAGAGUGGGAGUUUUCCAGCACAGCCCGGGCGCCUCGCUCUGA